GCGAUUAUGACAUUGAAAUAUAUUUUUAAAAUUUCAGCGGAUUUACAUCACUGUCUGUGCAGCACACGUUAGUUCGUCAGCCAGUGAAACACUUUAUACAACCGAAAGCCAAUGUAAAUUUCCGUGGCUGCCUGAGGGAAAGCGUUGAGAACACGAGGAUGGCUUUUCCACGUGUGCGACUAUGCACUCGACACAUGACCACAGGCCUUCAAGUCUGUGGUUAUGCAACACUCCGUAAAGCAUCCAGACCCCAGGAAAGAAGCAGCAGUGGUCCAGUUUUUCAGUAUGUCGGCCAGCACAAAAAGCCCAACAACAAAGUGUUCGUUUGGGGCUUCAGCUUCACCGGUGCUCUGGGUAUCCCCAGCUUUGUGGUGCCGGACAGCGGCAGGAAGAAGCCCCGCAAAUAUCAGCUCACUCCUUACCGACUGGAGACUGCAGAGCAGAUCUCUUCUGCUGCUUGUGGCUACGGCUUCACUCUCAUCGCCUCGCCGACCAAAGAUGUGAUCAAGCUGUGGGGCAUGGGCCUGAACAAGGACUCUCAGCUGGGCUUCCAACGCACGCAACACAGCCGCCAUCAGAGCUAUGACUAUGUGUUGGAGCCCUCCCCGGUGGCUCUGCCUCUCGUCGAGCCUCUGCAGACCAAAGUGGUUCAGGUUGCAUGUGGCCGCGCUCACUCUCUGAUCCUCACAGACCAGGAGGGAGUUUUCAGUAUGGGCAACAAUGCAUAUGGCCAGUGUGGAAGACGGAUAGUUGAAGAUGAAGUUUACAGCGGCAGUCACAUCAUUCACAAGAUGGAAGGCUUCAGCAGCAGGGUCACCCAGGUUGCAUGUGGACAGGAUCACAGCCUUUUCCUCACUGAGACAGGAAAAGUGUUUGCAUGUGGAUGGGGUGCAGAUGGACAGACGGGUCUGGGACACCACAGAGUCAGCUCCAGUCCAGUGGAGGUGGGAGGAGAUCUGGCCGGGGUGGAGGUGCAGCAGAUCAGCACGUACGGAGACUGCAGCCUGGCUGUGUGCACAGAUGGACAGCUGUACGGAUGGGGCAACUCUGAAUACCUGCAGCUGGCCUCAGUCACUGAGGCCACACAGAUCAACUCUCCUCGACAUCUUCCCCUGAAAGGCUGUGGAAAGGUGGUUCAGGCAGCAUGUGGAGGCACGCAGGUGGCCAUUCUUAACGAAAAAGGAGAGGUGUUUGUGUGGGGCUAUGGCAUUCUUGGAAAGGGCCCAAAACUAUCUGAAUCCUCGACCCCGGAGGUGAUUCCCUCCACGCUGUUUGGACGCUCAGAGUUCAACCCCUCAGUAGCCGUCACCAAGAUCAGGUGUGGCCUCAACCAUUUUGCUGCUGUGACGGAUCGAGGCGAGCUCUUCGUUUGGGGGAAGAAUGUGCGAGGUUGUUUGGGCAUCGGGAAGAGAGACGACCAGUACUUCCCGUGGAGGGUGACUGUGCCUGGUCAAGUGGUGGACGUAGCGUGUGGCGUCGACCACAUGGUGGCGCUGGUGAAGUCCCUGCUGUGAGCUUCCGUGUUCCUGCAGCAGUAGAUGAAAGGCUGGAUGUUUUGGCCGAGCCUCCCGCUGACCCCGGGCGCCUCGGGAAGCCG